GCAGCACUGGCAGGGGGCAGCCAUCGUUGUCGUCCGUCAGUGUGUUUCGAGACGUGCCAGGGGUGGGACCUUUGUGUCGUGGGUGGGGAACCCGAUUUUGUUUGUUUAUUUUUAGUUUGCCGUUUUGUUCUCCCGUUCCGUUCUGGGCCGUCCAUUGUGAUCAAGAUGUCGUUAAAUCGUGUCAGUGGUGAAAAACAGCCAGAGGUGGUGGUGGAGAGGGACACCGAGAGUGAGCUACAAGCCCUUUUCGAAAUAGUGCUCAAGCCCGACUCGAAGAGACCCUUGCAGAAACCCAUGAUAAUGCGCAAGCUUCCCAACUCGUUCUUCAACCCUCCGUCCACGGGCUCCAAGUCUCCGUCCGUGUCCCACAGCCGCGAAAAUUCAGGCGAUUCCGCGUUCGGCAACGCCCUGGGUGCCGGCGUAGCGCCCGUGGCUGUGGCGCCUGUGGCCAGCGUCUCGCCCGGGCUGCCCACGGGGCUACCCACUGGGCUGCCCAUCAGCCACCCCCGACACCACAGUUCGCCAGCCUCCCUGCAGCAGACCUACGCCCACGGCCCCAGCGGCCAGCAGGCCGGCGGCGCGGGCCAGGCCGGCCAGGGCCCCGCCAGCCCCGUGCAGCCCAUCCAGCACCUCAAGGCGCGCAGUUACGACAUGACGCAGGUGGACGAGCUGGGCCCGCUACCCCCGGGCUGGGAGAAGGCCCACACCCACGAGGGCCAGGUGUACUUUCUAAAUCACACGACACAGACCACCACCUGGGAGGACCCGCGCAAGUCGCUGGCCGCCCAGGCGCAGCGCCAGCAGCAGCGCAGCGCGGAGCUGCUGUCCAGCCCACCCACCCUCGCGCUCGCACACCCACACCCCGCCGCCUCGCCACUCCCCAAAGCCACCACACCCAAGCCUGCGUCGCCGGCGCCGAACGACCUGGGCCCGCUCCCGGACGGCUGGGAGGAGGCGGCCACCCCCGAGGGCGAGAUCUACUACAUCGACCACAAGACCCACAGCACGUCGUGGUUCGACCCGCGGAUACCCAGCCACCUGCAGCGCGCCCCCGCGGCCGGCACCAUGCUGCCCCUGGGCACCUGGCAGGCGCUGUCGCAGUCGCAGUCCCUGCAGUCCCUGCAGACGGACCAGCGCCUGCAGUCGCUGCACCUCGAGUGCGAGAAGCUCAAGCAGCGGCAGCAGGAGAUCAUGCGGCAGCAAGAGCUGAUGCGCCAACAUGCAAACGACAUUGCAACAUCAGGCAUGGAUCCCUUCCUUGGUUUGGCUGACCACUCCCGACAGGAAUCAAAUGACAGCGGACUUGGUCUGGGACCGCUUCCUCACACACCUGAUUUCACCUACAGCAUGGAAGAUAACAUGGAUGGUGUUAGCGAGGGUGCCCCUUCUUUAGAUACUCAAGAUCUCAGCUCACUUGAUCCUAGUGACGACUUGGUAGCAUCCCUUCAGUUUCAAGAAGAUCUGCUAAACGACGAUCAAUGGAGUGGAUUUUGAUCAGUUAAGUGAUGACUUUUUAGAAGAUGUUCAAGCCCUCAUCAACCCCCUCAACCCUCUCCAUCCUCUUCACCCGACUAGCAAGACAGACAAUGUUUUGACAUGGCUGUAGGGGGGUCCCUACGCUUGCCUUCCUGCUUACUGUGUGCGUGUGCGUGCGUGCUGCCGAUUGAACUGAAUAGCUCGAGAGGUCAUUGUGUAACUAACACCUUGCAGUGAAGUCUUCGUGCAUUUAAUCUUCCUGAGUUUUGAUUUGGUCUCUUUUCAAUGGCGUCCAUUGUAUUUGGAGUUGAUUGUGAAAAUUUUAUUGUGGUCAAAGGUUUAUUUUACUUGAGAUGUAAUAUUUUAUGUAUCGUUUAGUGAAUUGGAUCAUAGCUGGGACAUAAUGGCAAGGUAGCAUGCCAUGAUACUUGAUUCUUGAAUUCAUUGUGUGUAAUAAUUUCUACAUUUUAUCCUACUGUGUCACGCAGUUUUAAAUACUUAUAUUUCAUGUUUCCAAAUCAUUACGUAAAGGGCAAUUAAUGCACAAGGACACUCUUCAGAUCACAACGCCACGGCCUCGCAUACAGUUUUCGGGUGGUGCAUUAUGACCUGCAAUGUCAAAAGGCUCAACUCUAGAGUGCCAAAUAUGCUUCUGAAGAUCACUUGUUUGUACAUAAAUUCGCCUGAUAUCAUCUUAUAUUAAGUAAUUAUUGUGCCUUUUGUAAUACAAAGAAACAAAUUGUAAGAAUAAUUUUAUUUGUUUAUACCUUGUAGGUUUUAACUUUGUAACUGUGUUUUGUUGUUUGUGUACUGCAAUGGUUGCCCAGUUGGCAAGAGUGCUAUUUACUGUGAGAAGUUAUGACCUACCCCUCUCUGUCUUGCUUACGUUAUAUUUUGUGUUUGCCAUAAAAGUAUAUUAUAGGGGAUUUGUAUAAAAAGUGAAACAUAUUUUUAUGUUGGUGUACUUAAUGCAAGCACUAUAUCACAUGCUUUUUGUUAUUUUCGAUUUAGUUGUUAAUUGUUUGUUGUAAAGUAUGGUUCUAGCAAAGGAAUUGAAAGCAAAAAAAUUAUUAAGUAGUGGGGUUUACUUAAUCUUACUUAAGUUGCAGCCAUAAGACCUGCAGCUUUUUGAGUCAACAACAUUUUAAGCCCAAUCAAGCAAGCUUCAUAUGAGAUGAUGGCAGAAGCAAAAUGAGAGAGAAAUCGAGAAACACGCAAGAGACAGAGUAGGGGAAGGUCUGUCUCACAGCAAUCCGUCCUGCUCUCAAAACUGGUGCCACCGAGCGUGACUGAGCAUGUAAUUGUGGAUGUAUUUUGACUUUGCUUGUUGCUGUUUUAUGUAUUAGUAUUAAUGUUCGUAUGAAUGGUGAAAUAGUUUGAAGAAAAAUAAUUUGAUAUUCUUUUACAAUUUUGGUCUUAAAUGAGCAAAUGACUGUCUUUAAUUUGAACACUUACGUUAAGAGCAGGUUUAAAUAUUUUUUACUUAUGUUGGAUAUCUCUUUGAUGAACUAUAUAAUUAAUAAUAAUAUUAUUGUAUAUGGAUGUUGACUUUUUAUAAAGAUUUUUAGUUAAAAUACAAAGGAAUACAUAUUAAGAUCCCAACUUGCAUCCAAGACAAAGCUAUGUUUGAGUUCUAUGUUAAGCAGAGAAAGCAACUCAAUUUUACCUGUGUCAAUCAGUACUGCCCUUUGGUCUUGUAUUUUCAUUGUCACAAUGAGGUAGCUACGUCUUUAAAGUUCUAAAUGGUUUUCAUUGUUUUCCAGUCUAUUAUAUUUAUUUUUUGCUGUCAUACUACUGAUCGCACAUCCACACAAUUCAAUUUUGAGUUGCUUCUCUUGCUGCCUUGUUGGAUAUUGGCUAUUUGCAUGUCACCCUUUUAUGAAUGCACUUCUAUGGUAUGCAUAGUUUUGAAUGGAUUUCUUCUGUUGACUGUUAUGAUUUGAGAUGUGUUUUUUUUUUUUUUUUAAGAAUCAAUGAACAAUUUAUUUUUUUAACAACUUCAUAUUGAUACAAUAUUUAUUUCAAAUACUGUGGUCUACCUUGUUGAACAGGCAUAUGCGACUUCUAUUGUAAUUUUUCAGGCCUGGCAUGAUUGAUUUAUGAUUGAUUUAUAUUUUAGAAGUGUGAAGCAAGUUUAUGCCAUGUUGUAACGCACAAUUUGGGCACAUUCUCUAUUAACAAAAGAAAAAUGGUUGUGUGAACCCAUCUGUAAAAUUUGAUGCCUUGUAAUCUUUGUCCAGGACGAGCUUUUAUGUAGUUUAGCUUGUUCCGAGAUCUUUGACAAUACUAUGGUGGGCUAAUCAAACUGUGUCCUCCGCUGACAAAGUAGCAGCGGACGUUGUCGCAGUUGAUACCCCUCCUUCAGCAGUUAUUCAUUCAACUGUUGUCUCCGCACCCUUUCAAUGCUCUAUACCUCUCAAACCCUGACAUGACCGAUUUAUUUCUACGUAUUGGUUUUAAUCUUUUUAUUGUGUUUGAAUUUUCUCAAUUUGAUCUGUUUUCUGCAAAGUUGAAAACUAAAAUUUAUGUUUCUUUUUCUUUAUAUGUGAAAAGGGCUGCUGGAGACGAAAUCAGCCUGGUUGCAGUUGAUUGAAUGAACUGGUUAAGAAUAAUAGAACUUUUUGUGAUAUUUUAUGAGUUUAUCAAUCAUGCAAUUAUUUGUUUGAAUCUUGGCUUCAAGUUAUCAAAUACCUGUGAUUAAUUGACGUUUUUGUUCAACGUUAUAAGGUGGCAUGCAUUUAAGCCUAACUUUUCUGCUACACCAGUUGCAUUCUUCUAAUAUUUAUUAAGCCUCAUCAAUUUUGGCAACUAGUAUUGAAAUCAUGAACUGCCGUCCAUUUUUAAUGUGUAGGCUAUCUAGCGCGUUCAGUAGGAAUUAGAAAGUACUCAGCCAUGGCUUUAAGAAGCAGUUGUGAGUUCCAUUUAAUGUUCAUAGACAACUCAUUUCGCCUUUUUACAAUCUUACCAAUAAAUUCUUCCAAAAAUUUUGUCAUUUUAAAAUUUCGGUCUUGCAUUUCUACCCUUUCUCCAAGGAAACAACAUUUAAAGUUCCUUAGUUCAGUAUUUAUUGUGGAGAAGAUUCAUCGCUGUCUUCUGCCUUUUUUGUGAUUUUAAGUGUGACCUUGAAAAAGACGAGAUAAACUGCUGUUUAUAGAUAAACUCACUGUUUGCAAGAGGGUUUGCUGCCUGUUCAGUCAGAAGAGAAAUGACCCUGUUAAAACCUCAUGUGCCGAGUUUCUCCAUUAGGUUGGCUACGGUGCAGUACCUUCCAAACAUUUGAAUGAACUCUUUCACUGUGACAAAUGUAAAUGCUAAUAGAACUAUGAAACCUUUUAUGAUGAUUAAUUAUUAUAAUUUAAUUUCUUACUAUAUCUUAGAUUGUAGAGUUUGCUGUUAAGUUUUUCUUUUAUAAAAAGAAUGUGAUGAUUAAAUAGCCAGCACAGCAUCAGUUUAAGCUAAAAUUGUCUUAAUUAAAUUGCAUGCAUGGCUCUAGAGCGUGUGCAGGCAUGCUCAGUUUUGUGCCUUGCCCUUCAUACUACAUUUUGUGGUCUGAAACUGAAAUUAAUGUUCUGGCCCCAUGCCUUCCUCUUACGCCGUCCCUCUUAAUAGUGGCUGACUCGGGCUGUAAUUUCUAUCGUAAGUAAAUAUUUUUGAAUUGUACCUUGAUAUUUUACAAUUUUACUGUUAUUCUAUUUCACUGUUGAAUGAAAACAUGGAGUCUGUUAGCUUUUGCAUCUACAGGUCUUCCUCUUUUCUACUUCUCAUAAACUUCUUGCCAUCUGUAUUAGCAAUAUUUUAUACUUCUGUCUAUUUUGGUUGGCCUAUUGGGUGGCCACUUUGGCUCAUGAUAUUAGCAAUAAUGGUUAUUAUAAAUAAAAAUUUUAUGGUUAUUGCCAGAAUUCUAUGUGUUAUGUACAGAUAAAUGUCUUAGCUGAUUGUGAUGAAAUUGUGUAUAUGAUGUUUAAUGUUACAAUGUCAAAACUUUAUAUGAUGCACACAGGGUUGAUGUCCCCUUGCCUCCUACUGAGAGGUCUACGUCUCUAAAUUUGUUGUGCACUUAUUUUUAAAUGUGAUUUCAAAAAUAAAAGGCAGCCUUAAUGACUUCUGGAGGUCUUAGUUGCCCUAUUUUUUGACCUACUUAACUAAUUACGGUGCAGCUAUGCGUUUAUUCAGAGGCGUAUAGUUUCAAUUUUUUUGUUUUACAAAUUGCUAUUGUUCUGUAGAAAUUUUGUAUUUAUCAUCUUAUUUUUCGUUUUGCAUUUCUGAUGCAAUGAACCAUUAGGAUAAUGAACUGUUGUUGGAAAACAUGUUUAGUUGAGGAACAUUUAAAAGUGACAAUGUCUACAUCAAGUUUUGGAAAGAAGUUGCGAGACGCGGCGGCCUGCUGGUUCAGUCUGUAUGUCCUUGCUUGUUGUGUUGAAUACUUGAAUUGCAUUUACAAAGUACAUUUCAUACAUUAUUGAACUCUUCAGGUUUGUUCACUCAAAUUAAACAAAAUAUUGGUCUUAAAAUUUUUAGCAAAUUCGAUUUAAAGAAACAAAACAUGUAAUGUGAAAAUUUAAGUGUUGUCAAAAGAGGGAAAAUUUACUGCCUUAGUUCACACCAUUGUGCAACAUACUUGCCAAUAAAGACUAUCUAUUGUUGUAUAUCAUUCGUGUCUUAGUUCAGUAUUUGUAGCAUUGUGUGAAGACAAUCAUAUUCAAUGAUAACUUUUGAUGUGAAAAUAAUCAUCCUGUUUGUCAUGACAAAUUGUGGAGUCAGAUUGGAUCAGAAACCAUUCUACUGGCCAUGAAAUCUGAAAUUCAGCAACCUUCUAUAGAAUGCAUGUCGUGUUUACUGUGUUACCGCAUGUGUAUUAUCUGCAUCCUACAUUACCUGUGUACUUUUGUCCUUAAAUGUUUGUUUUAUUAUAUUUAUAUAAUAAGCUGAUACUAAACUAUUGCUUUACAAUGAUUACAUUUACCCAAUAAACUUUUUCAUUACA